AUGAAAUGGGUCGACUUGACUAUCGUUAGUUUGACAGCUCUAGGGCAAGUGAUAAUCGACUCGUAUAUUUCGUUAGACUUUGGCGAUACUUUCGAAGAGGCAUAUCUUGACGCGCUGUCUGUCGUCAGACAAGCCCACAUCAAUGCGUUCCCACUAACGUCACACAAUCAAGUUUCCAAUCUUUCGGCAAGCACAUUAACCUCCAAUGACCCUCAAGUGCAAAAUAAUGAAGUGCCAUUGCCAGAAGUCAAAAUACCGACCUUCGACGGAGACUACAUCGAGUGGCCAACCUUUAAAGAAAUGUUCGUCGCUCGCGUACAUAAUAGCGGCCGGCUCAACAACUGCCAACGCCUACAUUAUCUAAAGGGUGCUUUAGCGGGUUCCGCGGCACAAGACAUCCAACACAUCAGUCUNAUAUUUAUGAUGUGGUCGCAUUUGAAAGCUGAAAGAUUUAGCUGA